AUGUCAAAGUCAGAAGUUUAUAAUAAAAUAAUACAAUUAAUUGACAAAAUUGGUACAACUGAAAUAAAAAAUGCAAUGAGUUUUAUGUUUGCAUCUCUUUAUGAAAAAAUUAUUAACAUAGAAGUUCAACUUAAUUCAUCCAUAAAUUUAAUUGACCAACAAUACUUAAGAGAAAUUGAAGAAAUAAACCAAGAUAAUAAGAUUAAUGAAUUUAUUAUUCAAAAUCUUGACCAAAUAGAAACAUGGAAUGGGUAUAAUCACGCUAAAGUUAUUUAUAAAGGAGAUUCCAUUCCACAACCCCAAGUAGAGCAAUGGAAACAAAAAGAUAAUAUUACUGUCGUUGUACUAACUCAUAACAACCAAUUAUUUUUAACAUCUCUCCAAAAUCCUAGAGAAGAAAGACUUAUAGACAGACAGAAGAAUGUGCCUAUUAGAAAAGUUAUUAUCCAACAAUGGAAAAAGGAUGAGAAUAAGUACAUCAACUAUGUUUAUGACUCUAAUCCUUUAUCGUUUUUAGACGGAAAUACCAAUUAUUUUAUUGAGUUGGGUCAUGGAUUCAAAAUAGGGAUGGACGGAAAAGGAGAGUUUUCCACUGACUUUUUUUGUAAGUAUGGUACGUCUCGAUUACCAAAGUUAGGUUACGACCAUUCUUUGUAUAUUAAACAAAUUGUUGUACUAGAGUGGGAUUUGGUUGGGUCAAUUCCAGAGAUACAGAUUUAA